UCCUACUACCGGCUAUUCCCCUACCUGAUUCCGAUUUUCAUUUCAGUUCUUUCUUUUUUUAAUUAUUGUUAUCUUGAUUUUGUCUGUUAUUUGAAUCGUCUUUGUUAGUGUUGGUGUAUACUGUUCACUGUUCACUGUUCUGCUUCUGCCCAUGCCUUUUGUUUUUUUACCCAUCUUUGGGCAUAUUUGCAUUCCUUUGUCCCUUUGUGCGCGCGAUUUGGUGCCUACUCGAGAUGGAAGUUGCUUGUAUGUUAAUUGAUUUUCAUGGACAUUGUGUCAGUGGUUCAUGCCAGUAGAAAUGGACUUCAUAUUUGUGCUAUUGCUAUUGUGUUGCUUAUGUUCUUUUGUGUUGCCUGAUACGCAAGGAGAUGCACUAUUUGCAUUGAAGAUAUCAUUGAAUGCUUCAGCUCACCAGCUUACUGACUGGAAUCAAAAUCAAGUGAAUCCUUGUACUUGGUCACGUGUUUACUGUGACUCAAACAACAAUGUCAUGCAAGUAUCACUAGCAUAUAUGGGAUUCACAGGAUACUUGACCCCAAUAAUAGGAGUUCUAAAAUAUCUUACAGCUCUAUCUUUGCAAGGGAAUGGAAUCACUGGCAACAUACCAAAAGAGUUAGGAAACCUGACAAGCUUGAGCAGGUUGGAUUUGGAAAGCAACAAAUUAACUGGAGAAAUACCCUCCUCCCUUGGUAAUCUUAAAAGGCUUCAAUUCUUAACAUUGAGCCAAAACAAUCUCAGUGGGACUAUUCCUGAAUCACUUGCCAGUCUUCCAAUCUUAAUCAAUGUUCUGCUAGAUUCAAAUAAUCUGAGUGGCCAAAUCCCAGAGCAGUUAUUUAAGGUUCCUAAAUACAAUUUCACUGGAAAUAAUUUGAAUUGUGGUGCGAGUUAUCAUCAACCUUGUGAAACUGAUAAUGCAGAUCAAGGUUCAUCCCAUAAACCUAAAACUGGCCUCAUAGUUGGCAUUGUGAUAGGGUUAGUUGUUAUCCUUUUCCUUGGUGGUCUGCUGUUCUUUUGGUGCAAGGGUAGACACAAGAGCUACAGACGUGAAGUUUUUGUAGAUGUUGCAGGUGAAGUUGAUCGGCGAAUUGCAUUUGGCCAACUAAGAAGAUUUGCAUGGAGAGAACUACAGAUAGCUACAGACAACUUCAGUGAGAAAAAUGUUUUAGGACAGGGAGGCUUUGGAAAGGUUUAUAAAGGUGUUCUUGCUGAUAACACAAAAGUUGCUGUCAAAAGGUUAACUGAUUAUGAAAGUCCUGGGGGUGAUGCAGCUUUCCAGCGUGAGGUUGAGAUGAUAAGUGUAGCCGUGCAUAGGAACCUGUUACGGCUGAUUGGAUUUUGUACUACCCCAACCGAGCGCCUCUUAGUUUAUCCCUUUAUGCAGAACUUAAGUGUAGCCUAUCGUCUUCGAGAACUCAAACCUGGUGAACCUGUUCUAGACUGGCCUACAAGAAAACGAGUGGCGCUGGGAACAGCCCGUGGCUUAGAAUAUCUUCAUGAGCAUUGCAAUCCUAAGAUUAUUCAUCGGGAUGUGAAGGCAGCUAAUGUAUUACUAGAUGAAGAUUUUGAAGCUGUUGUUGGUGAUUUUGGCUUGGCAAAGUUAGUCGAUGUUCGAAAAACUAAUGUGACAACUCAAGUUCGUGGAACAAUGGGCCACAUAGCUCCAGAGUAUUUGUCCACUGGAAAGUCUUCAGAAAGAACUGAUGUUUUUGGUUAUGGGAUUAUGCUUUUGGAGCUUGUUACAGGUCAACGAGCAAUUGACUUUUCACGUUUAGAAGAGGAAGAUGAUGUGCUGCUACUUGACCAUGUUAAGAAAUUAGAACGGGAGAAAAGACUAGAAGCAAUUGUUGACCGCAACCUAAAUAAAAAUUACAACAUACAAGAGGUAGAAAUGAUGAUACAAGUUGCAUUACUCUGUACGCAAGCAACACCAGAGGAUCGUCCACCAAUGUCCGAGGUUGUAAGAAUGCUAGAAGGAGAAGGGUUGGCUGAAAGGUGGGAGGAAUGGCAGCAUGUGGAGGUCAAUCGGAGGCAAGAAUACGAGAGAUUACAAAGAAGAUUUGAUUGGGGAGAAGAUUCGGUCUAUAAUCAAGAUGCCAUUGAGUUGUCUGGUGGGAGAUGAGAGGAUCUAUACAUUAUUAAAUUAUGAGAGGAUCUAGAAAUGUAAUUUUCCUUGUUUUCCAACUGUAAAAACUGUAAAAAGGGGGAAAUAGUUGUAAAAUUUUGAUGUUCCAACGUGUUUUUGUUCUGCUCUUUUUUUGUGGAUAAAUCAGGAAUUUAUUUGAAAAAUCUGUUUGUUGAGAUUUCAGCUGUGAUCUGAUCCCAUUACGGGGUACCUAUCAAUUACAAUUUUCAACAC